AUGGCGCCGCCACCAAUGCUGCAAGGUCAACUGGCCUCCUCCCUGGGCAAUCCCGACUGGAUCCCGCCUCCGGCGUCGCUCACCGCUAUCAACUCCGACGGCAUCGACUUGAACGACGAAAUCUUCUUCAAUUACAAUCCAGUGCCUUCCCACACCCCAUACACCGAGACUUACGCCAUCUCCAACGAUGUGGAGGCACUGCUGCUGACCCUGCUGAUCGCCACCUUGCCCUACAAUGCGUUGCAGCUGACAAUCACCACCCCGGACUUAACUUUGGCCUCACCCCAGAAGUUCGACGCUAACCUUCACUACAGCCACCGCAGGCGCUUCUCACUGGCUGUGGAGCAGCUCAACCGCAUGUCUAUUCAUCAGCACAAGCUGAAGCUGCCCUCUCCAGACGUUUAUCCGGUGCUAGCUCACCCAGCCAAUCCUGUGGAAGAACGUACCAUUAACCCACGUCAGCUCUUAGGAAUCAACCUGGGAGGGAUGCUGGGCGCUACUUCUGCUGGCCAGAAUACCGUCCCUGCGUCAUCCCGCUACAUCUUGCCAUCGUCCGUGCUGUCUCCCUCACUUCUGACGUUUUUUUCAAGAGGCGGAGAUAUGGUAGAUAUGGACUUCCAGGGCCAGGAAAUGGUGGCCAACGGCAUUUCAGGCCUGCUAGACAUGUCCGAAAUGCAAGAGAUUCCUUUGCUGGCCAACGGUGAUGGUGUGAUUGGCGUCAAUUCUUAUGUCAUGAAUGACGAAUGUGUCAGUGCAAUCACCUCGUGGUUGAAUAACACAGAUAACAUAAUCCUGGACAGGGCUGAAGGCGCAGCCAUGCGCAACCCCACGGGCAUUGUUAAGCCCAACUGGAAGCGCAGAAAUUCCAUUCAGGUGCUUCCUCAUCGCAACGAGGCGGCUCCACAGAGAAUGCCGCCAAGCCAGAAGCGAAAACGCAGAAAAUCCAUCAACAAUUCCAUUCCAGAAGAUAUGGUUCCUGCUCAGGUGUAUCAAAACUCUCAACUGCCGGGUACAAGUUAUGCACCACAGUUUCUGUCCAUGAAUCUGUUUGGAAUGGAACCUGAGUUGCAACAAGACCAGUCGCCGGUACUGGGCCAUGAAGUGAGCGAGGAGGCAUUUCAGCGAACAAAUGAGGCUCUUAGAACACAAGAGACUCCUCGAUAUGGCUCGAUAAGCACUGUCCCCAUGGUUGAGAAACCAGCAAGUCGGCAACUUAGUGUUACUGAUGGGGACGACGAGCCCAAACCUUUCCCCUGUCCUGAAUGUGAAAAGCAGUUCAAGCGUCUGGAGCACUUGAAACGUCAUAUUCGGUCUGUGCAUCUGAACAUCCGACCCUUCCAUUGCAAGUAUUGUGACAAGAAGUUUCUGAGGUCUGACAACUUGGCACAACACUCCAAAACGCAUUUCAAGGUCAAUGCCAACGGAACAACCACCAUCAUUUACGGCAACCCCAACCCAAACAACCGCGGUGGCCGUAAGAAAAGUGUAUCUUCCGAUGGUGGUCAAGGCACGGGCCAGGACUCCCAAUGA